UAUAUAAGGAAUAGAGUUCUACAGUAUUGUCAUAAGACUCUAGGACAAAAAGAAUUCAACACUAUUCUCUACAUAGCUUGAUUUAAAAUACAUCGACAAUGCUGCAAAAAUAUCGAUGAUAAGAUAAACACGUUUAUUUAAACGCAUUGUGAAAUCGAUUGCUGUCAUGUAAACAGGUGUAAACAAGUGUAAAUAAUUUUAAAAAUGUCAAAUUCAUCCGAAAGUGAUAGUAAUGUUCAUCACAGUGACAGUGAAGAGCUCGUGAGAACCAACAGAAUAAGAAGAAAUAAAUAUAGGUCUAACUUCAGGUUAAUACAACAACCGAACAAAGAAACAAAAGAUGAACAGUGGAAAAUUCAAAUUGUUGAUUCAAGUGAAAACGGAAAUGACGUUACAGUGCAAGAUGGGAUGAUGAAAGCACCGCCUACUAUCACGACUCCGGAAGCUGAAAACGUACCUUUAUCUGAAGAGAAACCCGAAGAGGAAGAUAAAGGAACAGAAAACGAAUAUUCAAGCCCUGAAGAGUUGAUCUACAACACCAGAGCGUUACCUAAACACAGCCCGACGUAUGAAUUGGAAAAAUUUGAAAAGAAUGCUAUGAUCAUCUUUAACCAAGAGAGCAUUGACGGAUAUAGAAAAAGAUUAGGGACAGAGAAAGAUGUGGAGGCUUUAGACACUACGUUCAAGAAAUUUGGAUUUGAAGUGACAGAAAGAAAAGAUCUAACUAAAGCAGAUCUAUUUAGUGAACUCGAAGCAUUCAGCAACACAGACUUCACCGACUACGGUUGCAUCGCGGUGGCGAUCCUGACGCACGGCUCGAAGCAGGGGCUGCUGCGGGCUCGCGACGCGCCCUACUGCGAGAUGGAGCUGCUUAAUCUCUUCAUGGACAAGCCCAUGCUCGUGUCCAAGCCGAUCCUCUUCAUCAUCCAGGCGUGCCGCGGUACGAAGCAGACUGCAGGCGUGGCGGUCCAUACGGCCGGCCGCGUGCGGCGCGACCUGGACGAGGAGGUGGAGCCCUAUACCCUGCCAGUGGAGUCCGACAUGCUCAUACUGCACAGCUCUUAUGUCGGCAAACCUUCACAUAGAAACGAACUCCACGGCUCCUGGUUCAUACAAUCCCUCUGCAGCAAGAUAGACGAUAUGGCCGACUCCCACGAUUUCGAGUCCAUACUGACCGAAGUCAAGCGAGAGGUCGCCAUAGACCGCCACCACAACGAAUACAACCGGAGGACGCUAGAAAUGGUCACAAACAAACAAAUGCCAGUCACAACUUCGACUUUAAUCAGAAAGUUGUAUUUGAAGAAGUUUGGAGAAGAUGAAAUCUCUUAUAGUAAGGUGGAGACUGAGAGACAAGACUCGAGGAAUGAGGUGUUGGAUUGUGGGAUGCCACGGACGCCAUCGUUUGGACGAUGCUCGUGUUUUCUAUCACAUUUUGAGUACAUAAAGAGUUGUUUAAGGCAUUAUGUAGACGAUAAUCCCGACGACACGACAGCACAAGGGUUCCUUAACAUAGCCAACACUUUCAAGAGCGACAGAGACUUCGACACCUCCAAAGAAGUGAUGUUGCAGACGAUGUGUAACCAUUUAAUAACGAACGCACAGGCAUGCACGUUUUAUAAAUAUUUGUACUUAUAUAAAUAUUGAACGUGUUAAACGAAAGUUUAUACGGAGUGUGUUUUUACUGUGUUUGGGACUUGAGACGAAUUUCGACCAAACCUUGUGGCCAUAUACUCAAAAGAAGACGUGGUUUACUCAACUGCCUACAUAAGAUACAAUAUCAAAAGUUAGCACCAGAGAAUCUGUAAUCGCGAAACUUCAGAAAGUAGAAUAAGUCUAUCUCUAACUCUGUCACUUUUAUUCAGUAAUAGUGAUAGAGCUAGUAGAGAUAAAAUCUUAAAUUUAAGUAGUUCGAAAUAGUAGUUCGAAAACUGUGACUGAAGACAAGGUUGCCAGAGGAACCCCUCUAACAGAUCUUGAUCAGAAAUCCAGAUUCUGUGGAGUGGAAAAAGUGACCUGACUACAAUGUCUGCUCUACUAAUGUAAGUAUGAUUGUG